AUGCUCACAGACAACGGCAACAUGCAGGCAGAUCCUUCGGAUGAGGACCUGCCUCAGCCCCAGCCCGGUCUAGACAUCCCCCGCCCGCAGGCCCGCUCCCUCCUGCAGACCUUCUGCAGCUUCCUAACCAUGACGCUGCACACGCUCAUCUUCCACCGGGCCCUCUACCCGCGGCCGACGUUCCUCAUGGCGCGGCACAACAACCUCGUCGUGCCCCAAUCCCGCCACCCGGCCGUGUGCGCCUGGAUCAACGACGCCGUGGGCCAGGUGGCGCCGCUGCUGGCCGUGGGCCGCCUGGCCAAGGUGACCAUCAACUUCCACCUGCCGCGCACCCUCCAGGUCGUCGACCGGUGGGUCAUUGACGUGAGCCACUUCCCGGCCUGGAUCGACGAGGACGACGUUGCCGUUCUCGCGGGCGGCGGCCAGCAGCAGCAGCAGCAGCACGUCAGCAGCCGGGGCAGGGAUCGCCUCAUCGUCGCAUGGGAGCAGCAGGAGAAGAGGCGCACACGCGCCCGCCGGGAGGACGAGGCUGAGAGGGAGCUCGCCGAACUCGAGAGGGCCGUCAACUGGGUCGACGUCGACGAGGCCGUACGCGGCGCCCUCAGCAGGAUCGGGAGCGCAGCCGCGACAAAGGGCCCUCUGCCCGAGGACAGUACCUUCACCGUGGCCGUCGAGCUGCGCGAGGAUGCCCCUGUGCCCAUUGGCCAUCCCCAACACUGGAUCCCCUCGGACCCGUCACUGCAGUAUGGCGCCGACCCGCUGUCCGGCACACCCCGAGGUGAAGCUUCGACAGAGGGUCCACGCGGCACAUCGACGAUACCUCUGCGCACAGUUGACGCGGGCCCUCUUUUUUGGGAGUGCUGGGUCGAGGAGUGCCCGUCAGUACAGCCUACAGAAACAGUGGCAGCAGCACCAGCACCACCAUCACAAGAAGACAGCGCCCGUCAAUCAAAUUCGACAUGA